AUGUCAAAGGCGGUGGUUUACACGCUACUAGCCACCGCCACAAUAAUUUUCUUCAAAUUUCUUUCGCCCUUGAAACAUGAAGAACAAAAAGGUAGCUUUAAUAGAAGGUUCGGUUACAAAAUAUUGGAAAGAGCACCAACUUUCGACCCUAUUGUAACAAAGAUUGAGAGAGAGGUAGAACAAAUAAAACAACAACAAAAAAUAGAGUUUCAUAAUAAUAAGGUUGUCAUUCCUGGUGUGGAUUUGGGAAGUACAACCUCGGUUUAUAAUGUUGCUGAGACAUAUCAAUUUCUUACGUCAGGUGGUAAAUUGAAUACCACAUUAAGGUUAAUGAUUUUGUUUCCUUUGUUGGAUAGAGAAACAAAAGAUGGUUUUAUUGUUUUCAAUGAGUUGGAAAGUUGGAUUGCUCAAAGAUCUUUGGAAAGAUUGGAUUAUUCUACACAAACUGAAUUGGAAUCUAAGGAUGAAGAUGGUGAUUUGUCUCUUUCUUUUCGCGAAUAUCUACCUCAUUUAACUGAAAACGAUAUAGAGAAAAAUGAAAUGACACAUGGUGAAGCCGGGUGGUGGAGGGAGAGAUUUGACAUUGCAGAUUCUGAUCACAAUGGUCUUCUUAAUUUCACAGAGCUUAGAGAUUUUUUGCACCCAGAAGAUAGCAAAAAUCCAGAAAUGUUGAAGUGGAUGAUUAGAGAUAGAUUUAAGCGUAUAGAUGAUCAGGAAAUUAAAGGGAAAUUAAAUUUCAAUGAAUUUGAAGAUCAUGUAUAUAGUACAUAUGAAAAUUAUAUGGAUUUUGAAACCAAUGGAGUUGAUGUACCUAAAGCAAAUGAUAAAUUUGCUGAGCUUGAUGUGAAUAAGGACCAAUUCAUAACACCUGAAGAAUUGUUACCUAUACUUCCUUACCUAUAUCCUGGAGAGUUGGCUUAUGCUAAAUAUUAUACAUGUUAUCUGAUGAAUGAGGCUGAUGAUAAUGAAGAUAAGCAAUUGACAUUGGAGGAGAUGCUAAAUCAUGAAUUUAUUUUCUAUAAUACAGUUUAUGCAGAUGGACAUGAAGAAAGUGAUGAUGAUCAUGAUGAGCUAUGA